CAAGAUAUCACUUACCCUAGCCUAAUAUUUCACAAAAUAUUCAAUCUGUUAGUACAGUUAUUUCAAUAUUUCUAAAGGAACAUAUUUUACAAGCUAAAUUUACUGUUCGAAAUCGGAGGGGAUAGCUGGAUGAUUGGUUAAGAUGAGUAUCUGGUCUUUUCGCACAUCCCCGAAUACCAGGUUGCGUGGCUCCCUCAUUGAUCUCGGUCGCACCAAUCGCCACACGGACUGCAACUUCAUCAUCGAACAGGAGAAUGGUACUACCAAGUCUUUCCCCUGUCACAGAUUGAUCCUUAGCUGCGCCUCUGAUGUCUUCGACCGAAUGCUUUACGGCGAUUAUAAUGAGUCUGCCACUGGAGAAGUGCGACUGAACGAUGUGGGUGCGGAUAUUUUCGAGAAGUUCAGGGACUACGUCUACGGCUAUGAGUACGACAAGCUGCAGAAGUACGACUUUGAUACUCUGAUACGUCUCUGCGAGUUCGGCAACAAAUACCUGGUGCACUCCCUUGAGGACGACUGUGUGAGGGAGCUACUGGUGCGCAAGGACUCCUUCGACAUGGGGGAGUUACUGCGAAUAUUCGCUUGUGCCCAUCGCAUGAAUAAGAAAUCACUCAUAGAUCAGAUGUCCUGGGAGCUGAAAAGCACCUUCAGGAGCACUUUAGACCACUCGGUCGUCUACGAAUUCACCUGCGAUGUCUUUAAGCACUAUAUUGAAGUGAUUGCUGGAAAACUUUCCGAGGCUGAUCGUUUUCGGCUGCUGGAAAUGUAUCUGAAAUAUAAUGGUUUUGAAGCAUCUGAGAACUUGAGUCAGGUGGAAAACGUGCAAAAUUCCGAAUCGGAACUACCUUCAACCAGUUGCCUGCCGCUGGAGAAUGGAUGCAGUUCAUCAAACCCAAUCAAGGAGGAGGCCAAGAGGCCAAACUAUGUGAGAGAUCUGCUUGGCCUUAUUGAUUUUGGCAAUCUCACGCCCAAGGAGUUCUACGAGGGUCCCGGCAAGUCCAGUUUUCUCAGCCUGACCCAGAAGUACGAGCAUAUGUAUCAAAUCGCCCGGAACUGCGUUGUGGCCAAGGAGGAGCUCCAGCUGAAGGUGGGAUCGCCCACGGAGCAGACUCCUCUCCUUUCCGAGUCACGGCGUAUAGUCACCCUGGGAGGAACCUUGAUACGCGAGGAGCCAACAACCACUUCGCUGUCCUCGCACUAUUCUCCCCGAUCCAGCCGACGAUUCCGCACCUGGUCGGCACACUGCGACAUCUGAUCUCGGAAUUAUACAAACAUUCUUGUUUCGCAACCAAAAUAUAUUUAGUACAAAAUUCGA